AUGGAUGAAUUGGAAAAGAAAGGUAAAUUCAAUGUUCUCUUGCAUAAGCUACACAUUGAUAUGCCAUUUUUGCAUGCCCUUGGUGAAAUGCCAAAAUUUGCUCGCAAUCUUAAAGAAUUGUUGAAACAUAAGAAAGGGUUGAGUGGUGUUUCUAAAGUAUGUCUGAAUGAAGAAUAUUCUACUAUCCUUCACAAGGGGUGCCCACAAAAAAUGGGUGACCCUGGUGCAUUUGUUGUUCCAUCCGAUCAAUUAGUGUUGCCAUCUUUGACCCCAACACGUCUAAGCAUCCGCCUUGCCGAUGGGUCCAUUCGGUAUCCUAAAGGCAUUGCGGAGGAUAUGUUGGUGCAAGUCAAAGGGUUCAUAAUCCUAGUCGAUUUUGUUGUUGUUGAUGUUGGUAGUGAUGAUCUUGACAUUCCUUUGAUCUUUGGGAGACCAUUAUUGGCCACAUGUAGGGCCAUCAUUGAUGUUGGGACCGACAAGUUGACCCUUCGGAUAGGUAAUGAAGAAGCAAAAUUUGCUUUGGCUUAA